CGCGGUGUACAAUAGGAUCGCAUUUGCUGAUCGAUGCCAGAGACGAAAGAAGAAUGGGCCCGAGUUCUCCUGCAAGAAUGGAGUCAACUAAUACCGACGGAACAACAAAACCUAGUGCAGCAGAUCCGAAAAGUAUUGGGGUUCUGGAGCCAGGCAGAAGGACAAGUCGCCGCGAUCAACAGGUCCCAAAGCGCCGCUCAAGCACGACCUCGGUGGCAAGAAGCAUCGCGUAGAGCUUCGAUACUGGGCCUCGCAAUCGAUACGCUCAAGAGAAUGUGGGAUUUGCAUGCUCCACCAACGUCGAGAUUCGGACAAUGUAUAAGCGAACGAAAGAAGUUGGCGCAGAACCUGAAGCGAGAUGCGGACUUGAUGAAGAAAUCAAUUCCCUCCUCUGCGCAGAGAAGUUCGGCUGCGUUCGAUGCGUUGGUGGACAGGCAGGAGGCCUUGAAAGCAGCAAGAGCGCGGAAGCAACUGGAAGUUGACUGGAGCCGGGUCAGAAGGCUUGAAGCAGAGCGACAGCGCAAUGCGAAGCCAGCGGGCAUUCGAGCCAUACCGCUGCGGACUCCAGAUUGGACAUGGCGACCAAUCCAAGACAUGCGUGGAGGCAUGGGAACGAUCCAAGUCUGGGGCCAGGACAAUGGUGGUGGACUGAUUGCAGAUCGCGUCGUGGUCAAAGAUACCAUCAUCAGGUCAAGGUCGAUUUGGGAAACUUCUACAACCUGGUACGGGGACAAGAGCGACAGAGUUCCAAUGGAAUUCUGGGCGCACUCAAAAAUGGACACCGGUGGGAAAUACAUUGUGCAUCUGGCUUCUUCUCAGGCUCAAGUGAACGAGGAAAGAAUGCUGUAUCGUAUGUGGCUGGAAUACUGUCCGAACGGCGAUCUCUCAGAGCUGAUUUCCCGGCAUCGAUCCGCGGAAAGGCGCAUCCCCAUCGACUUCGUCAUCUACACUUUCAAAGCGCUAAUCGACUGCUGUCUUCGCAUGGAACGCGGGACAGUCGGCAAGAGUAGUGGAGAAUGGGAACAGAUUGUCCACAGAGAUCUCAAACCCCCGAACAUCUUAUUGGGAUUGCCCAGGGCGACAUUCCCCUCCUAUCCAGAACCGAAGAUGGCAGAUUUCGGUCUGUCGAUGGUGACAAAUCCGGACGACGAGAUGAACCCAAGUUUGUACAAUCUUGGAGGUGGGACGCAAGGCUACCUGGCGCCGGAGCAAUUCAGUUUCAUCAAUCCGAUGACCAACGAACCAGUUGACGACUUCAAACUCCUCGCGCCGGCGAACGUGUGGGGCGUGGCGAGUAUCGUUCUUUGCUUGCUGGAGAGAUUUGAACUGAAUAUCGCCACGCAGCCUGAUUAUAUGCCUGGAGGUACAUGGCAGUACAGGGUCAGUGAUGCCGCCAGGUCCAUAUAUCAAGACGCGGAUCUCCUCGACAUGGUUGAUCGCUGUCUGGAGUAUCAACCGGCAGACCGUCCGACGCCUGAAGCAUUGAGGAAGUGGAUCACGAAGAAGAUCGCCGCGGAUCCUUGGCUGAGCGUUGAGUCCUGGGGAGGAGAACAUCCAGUUGCUUUCGCUCGUGUCGUCGAACCGAAGACCCACAAACAUUACAUCGGCAUGUCAUUCAAUGAAAUCACUGGACUGCCACCCGGCGCACCUUAUCCUGGCGGCGGCGCGCGCGAACGGCGGUCAAGGCCUCCCGGUAGACGGUUCGGAACUCGUCCUCCAUCAUCACCACCGAGAAAUCCUUUUUCUGACGGGGCGGCGGCAUGGUUAGGCGAUAGCUGA